GAGAACUGAUAGUGCGGGAUGACGGAAAUUUCAAGCAGGGUCUUAGUUCAGAUCCAAUUGUUGGCACUUUUAGGUCUCUGAGGUCCACAGGCCGUAUGUUGCUUCAAAGAUUUAUCCUGCCUGUCUGAUUCAUAUCUAACUAAUCCCUCUUCUUCGUCCAUACGUUAUGGGCAAGGAAUAUUCUGCACAGUAUUCUCCUGUCAAUGGAGCGGAAGACGAGAAGCUUCUCCAUAGGGGUACAGAAACCAGAUCUCAUUCAAAGUCCCGCUUCCUUCAAGUAUCGCUAUGGCUCAUACAUGGUGUGCUGAUAUCUGUAACGUUACUCUUCUUCACGCUAUGGGCACGGGCACCUUCGAAGAAUGACAUACUCCUGUACUCUCCAGCAAACGAGGCUAUUGAAUACAAAGGCAUUGUGAGAUUCAACGGAAGUUGGGAUCGUCAUUCGGUAUAUCGCGGCAAUCCGUCUCCAGAUCUCGAAGUAGCUUGGAAUGGAGUAACUGCCGAUGGGCGGUUUGUAUCUAUGACGCUCGAACAACUGUUCAAAUCAGGGGAAGAACCUGCCCCAUUCAUGGCUAGGUAUCCGGAAGAGUACAGCGGAAAUUAUUUGGCGAGUGUAGAGGUCAUUCACCAGCUUCAUUGCAUAAACAUGGUUCGCCAAUCCAGCUGGGGUGAUCAUUACCUGGCAGACGAUCCUGACUUCAUCCUAUCCCCUGAUGGAUGGCGCAUUCAUCUUGAUCAUUGCGUCGAAUUUCUCAGACAGGUCAUUAUGUGCCACUCUGAUGUAACAAUAGUUACUCAUGAUUGGGUUGAUGGACUCGACGAUCCUUACCCAAACUUCAACGUUCCUCAUCAAUGUAGGGACCUCGAGAAGAUCUUGGAUUGGGUAGAUGGUCAUCGUGUUUACAUCCCUCAAUCGAAGUUGAUCCGCCAAGAGGAUAACGUCGACCUUCCUUCCCCCCCUUAAUUGUAUUCUCGACCCAUAGAGAACACACAGGGGGCACGAUAUCGCAUCACGAAUGUAACUAUAAAGUCGUAUAACUUUGCUAUGAGCCGAGUUCCAUGGACCAUAGUGCUUAUAGGCUGCCGCACAAUAAGCUCCCUUCGAACUGUCCUCCUUAGAGCACGUCUCUCCAUAGGACAUAAAAUUGGAAAAAAAAAGCUCCCUUCGAAUUCGAUAUGUCCAAGACAGUCACGACUUCUGCUGAACAAGGUAGUUCUGUGACCACCGGAAGAACUUUUGACAGCGGCUGUAGUUAAUAUCUCUCUCCCGAUAGGCACAAAUCGGAUUUAAAAAAAGGUAU